GGGCCGGGGCAGCGCUCAGGGGGCGGCGAUGGAUCCCGGAGCCCGCCCGGGCGGCGGCGGCGCCCCGGGGCAGUCCCGCGAGUACAAACUGGUGAUGCUGGGCGCGGGAGGCGUCGGCAAGAGCGCCAUGACCAUGCAGUUCAUCAGUCACCGCUUCCCAGAGGAUCACGAUCCCACCAUCGAGGAUGCCUAUAAAAUCCGGAUCCGCAUCGAUGACGAGCCUGCCAACCUGGACAUCCUGGACACAGCAGGACAGGCAGAGUUCACAGCCAUGAGGGACCAGUACAUGAGGGCAGGGGAAGGUUUCAUCAUCUGCUACUCCAUCACGGACCGGCGCAGCUUCCACGAGGUGCGCGAGUUCAAGCAGCUCAUUUACCGCGUGCGCCGCACCGACGACACGCCCGUGGUGCUGGUGGGCAACAAGUCGGACCUGACCCAGCUGCGCCAGGUGUCCAAGGAGGAAGGCUCUGCCCUGGCCAGGGAAUUCAGCUGCCCCUUCUUUGAGACCUCGGCCGCCUUCCGCUACUACAUCGACGACGUUUUCCACGCGCUGGUGCGCGAGAUCCGCCGCAAGGAGAAGGAGGCCGUGAUGGCCAUGGAGAGGAAAUCCAAGCCCAAAAGCAGCGUCUGGAAAAGACUCAAGUCCCCCUUCAGGAGGAAGAAGGAUUCAGUCACUUGAACAGCAAAUUCCUCUGCAGAGCAGGACGAAAGCUGUGACCUUUUGUAGCCAGAGGAGCUCGGUGGCGACGCUGAGGGGACGUGUGGCACCUGAGGGGGUUUGUGAGGGAGGGAACGCCUCGCCCCGCCAGUUGUUUUUGUUUAGAACCGUGUUGCCUUGAUUCUGGGGGUUGAACUUCACACCCAGUGCCAGUUGUACUUGGUUUGUUUUCAUUU